AUGACGGAGGCCACACACAAACAAGAAGAGAACUGUCCAAUGACUGAUACAUAUAACACCAUAUCGAGAUUCAUAGAUGAAGAGUUGUCCGCCUUCUUGUCCAGUGAUGACUACCUAAUGGACGAUUUCUUAGGUGAGAUACCGAAUGAGGUAACUAGGCUGCUAAAGGCUGAAGUAAUCGAAAAAAGAAAGGAUGCCUUAAGUAGAGGCAAACAAGACGUACUCACUAAAGAGAUAUACGAUAACGAAUCGGAAUUGAGGAUCAGACAAACACAACAGGUAAUGGAUCUGAUCGGCGAUAUACCGAAGUAUUCCCUUGGAAGUGAGUUAAGAAGCAGAGUCGGCAGUGAGCCGCAAAGCACGUCGAUUGCAACAUUAAUUGAAGACGUGUUAAAACUACCACAGAUGGAAGUGGCCACCGAAGGAGAACUAGAAGCAGAGACGGAAAAUGACCUCAAGAUCCUCAAUGAGUAUAGUAAUUUAAGAAGGGAUUUGAUUUUGAGAUGCCAAGCCAUCCAAGUAGGCGAAAGCACACUGUCCGAAAUCGUGACCCAAGCAAGCUCGAUAGACUCUUUAGUCAACUCUAUCAAGGAAACCACAGACGAUGACGAUGUUAGCGAAUAUUUCGCCACUUAUAAUGGGAAACUAGUGGCUGCAUUGGAAGAGAUGAAACUACUACUGGAGGAGGCCAUCAAGACAUUUGACACUUCCCCAGAAAAGAUACAGAAAAUAAAAGACAUCUUGGUCGAUUUAAAGAAGUAA